AGUGUGUGUCAACCCACCUCUGGAAUUUCAGUGAGGAAGAGGGGGAGACGCAAAUUAUGGGACACAGAGCAGCCGCCGCAUAGAAAAGAGUGUGUGAGGGAGAUUUUUCUAUUCCCCACUCUUUUUCCCCAGUUACUUUGAGUAGGGGAAAUACAUGAAAUCCAGCGUGCUUUCUCUAAGUGCUCAACUGAGACCUGCUCCUGUCUGAGCGAUUUAAUGAGCGUUAGCCCCGAGGAGAACAAGUCACAACUCACAGCAACAAAAGCCAGUCUCUGGGGAAACAAGGCGCCGCGGCUGUGACAGACAUGCAGCCGUUUACUCUGGUCGGUGCUCUUAUUCUCCUGCUCCACGUCUCAUCUGGCAGCACAGGAGCCCAAAGGCACUACAGACAAGUCCCUACUGGCAACCAGUCGGGCGUGUGUCGCUAUGGCAGGAGGCUGGAGUGUUGCUACGGCUGGAGGAAAAACAGUAAAGGACAAUGUGAAGCUCAGUGUGAGCACGGGUGCAAGCAUGGAGAGUGUGUCGGCCCCAACAAAUGCAAGUGUUUCCCAGGAUACACUGGAAAGACAUGUAAUCAAGAUCUGAAUGAGUGCGGCUUGAAGCCCCGGCCCUGUGAGCAUCGCUGCAUGAACACCCAUGGUAGUUACAAGUGUUACUGCCUCAAUGGAUACACUCUGAUGCCCGAUGGAUCCUGUGCCAAUUCGAGGACGUGCUCUCUGGCUCACUGUCAGUACGGCUGUGAAGAGGUGCAGGGGGAAAUCCGCUGCCUCUGCCCAUCGGCAGGCUUGCAACUGGGGCAAGAUGAGAGAACUUGUGUAGAUAUUGAUGAAUGUGUAACAGGGAAGAACCUCUGCCCAUACAACAGACAAUGCGUGAACACCUUUGGCAGCUAUUACUGCAAGUGCCAGGACGGCUAUGAUCUGAAAUACGUCGACGGCAAAUACGACUGUGUAGACCUCGAUGAGUGCACAGCCGGCACCCACAAGUGCAGCCACCAUGCCGUCUGCUUGAACACUCAAGGAUCCUACAAGUGCAGGUGCAAGCCUGGCUUCAGAGGCAACGGCUUUGAAUGCUCUGUCAAGCCGUUUUAUCAGAGGCCGUGGGAUGGAGACAAAGGCAGUGCAGAUGAUUUCCUGAAUGCCAUCCCAGACUCCCAAGUGAGGCCCGGGAUUCUGGGAGGUAAACUCAGCAACGAAGACAUCAAAAACUUCCUCCCCGAACCCGUCUCAACGCCUCCUCCCAGGAUCCGGCAGCAGCCUUUCGACUAUGAUGGAGAGGUCUACAUUGGCUCUGAGACCGAGGGGAGAAAACAGGAGGAGUUUCCUGUAGAGGAGGAGGAUGAGGAAGGAGAAGACAACCAGCUCAACCCAAGAGGAGAUGUGUUUGUUUCAGAAGACUUCGAGUCAGUGUUCGGUCCAGCCACAGAAGUCAAGGAAAUCCAUAUAUCACAUGUUCAGGAAGAGUACCUUUUGGACUGCAACUUUGAUCAGGGAGCAUGUGAAUGGGUCCAAGACAGGGCCGACGACAUUGACUGGAGCGUCGCUUACCACGAUCAUGGUGCUGAGUACUACAUGGCCCUGAGUGGGCUCCUCGGGGACCAGGGGGACGUGGCCAAGCUGAAGCUGCUUCUGAGCGACCGUGCUCAGCAGGGCAGCUUCUGCCUCGCCUUCGACUACCGUGUGGUCGGACACAGCAUGGGCACGCUCAGGGUGCUGCUGGACAACAACGCUUACCCGGUGUGGGAGCAGAGCCAAAGCAGGGACCAGGACUGGCAGACCGAGUUCCUCACCGUGGCCUGGACAGAGGAGGCCCCAGAGUCUAUUAUCUUUGAAGGUCAGCGUGGGAAAGGUCUGGGAGGCGAAAUAGGACUAGAUAAUGUUGUGCUGACCUCAGGACCGUGUCAAGAGGAUGCCAGUCCAAUCUUUUAAGAAUUUCCAGCUCCGAUCAACAUUUCUGUGCCAGCUGAUACCUGUCAAUACUUCUCCUUUCCAACGUCCAGGGUCUUAUAUUUCCUCCAUGGAGCUCCCCAGUCUUCUGUCAUUACGCAGCCACAUCAUCUGAAGUGACAAAUGUGUACAAUCAGUGUGUGCCAUUCUGCUGCAUGCCAUACCACAUACCACAUUCAUUCAUUAUAUGGUGAUUGUUAAAGUUAUCUCAAGCAAUACAUAUGACCCAGAUCUCAGGAAUAGGUGGAAAUGCCAACGUUGCCUGUUAGUUGUGUUGAACAGUAUUGUGUUUAGGCCUUUGUUGCUUAUGUGACAAUGCAUUGCUGAAGUUGUCUAAAAAUAAUAUACAACAUAUAAUGUGAAUUGUUAGUUUAAUUGUCCCUCAUAGCUUAGAUGACAAAAACAUUUUUGAAGGCUGUUGAGUUAAACUAAUAAAAAAAAAGAAAAGUAUUAGAACAUCAAUGCUGUAAAAUGUGU